AUGCCUGCUCUCACCGCCUACGCCCACGCCCCAGCCCACGGAGCUGGAUGGCCAUCGAUGAACAGCAGCAACAAGCCAUCGCUGGUCCCCCGGACCGGCUCCUCAUGCUCGCAAUCGGCACUUGCCCCGGCAUCGCGUCUCAGGAAAAGCAAAUCUACCAACAGCCAGCUCCACCAGCAACAGCAACAGCCUGUCCUCCUCGUCACUCCCUCCCCACCCAAUGCUGUCAGGGGCAUCCUAACCAAACACUCAUCCCUGCUCAACUUAUCCUCUCGCAUCUCCACCGCAGUCCUCGAAAGAAACCCUGCUCUAGCCCUGGUCAUCGGACAGCCCUCAGCACCACCGCCGACGAGCGCCCAGCCAGUCACCAAGAAGGUGCGCUUCUCGGGCAAUCUAGGAGACGGCGGCGCGCGAGCUCAGGAGCGGAUGGGCUCGUCGUCGUCGGCGCCGUCUGGAUGCGGGUGUGCAAGGCAUUGUCGGGGCCAGACGCCGACGGAGGGAGCGGAGGCCUGCCGACAACUAGAGCCGGUGAUCGAGACGAUAUUCCUGACCUACUCGCGCUCGGCGUACGACCGCUCGCCGAUCGCUGUGGACCGGGUGUUCAACAAGUCUCUCGCGCUGCCUCCGCGGACGGAGGAAGACAGCGACUGCGGUAGCGGCCGGUGGCUGGCCGACCUGCUUCCCGUCUCCGCCGCCUCCCCACACACCCUGCUCCUCCCCGCAGGACCCGUCGAGCGGGGCUUCCCAUCCGAGCUCGGAUCCGACCAGCAUCUGGAGGCCAAGAUCCUGCUGCCCCUUGCCACGCUCGAAGACCCGGCGUCUGCAGACCCGCUGGAUGCGCACCACAUCUACGUGGCCACCGAGUCGCCCGAGGCCGUCGACUGGCCCUCGCGCCCGGAGAUCUUCGGCCAUUCCUGGUUCUCAUCCGAGGACGCCCGCAGCGAGUCCACCGCCUCCUCCUCGAGCUCCCAGGAGCCCAACACCCCCGCCAUCGCCGCGCUCUUCCCCCACGCCCCGCUCAACGCCCUCCUUGCGCCCAUACCUGUCUCCGUGGCUCCCUCCGACCAGGCUUGUAGCCUCUCCGUCGAAAACCUCGCCCACCAUGCUUUCGAAAACCUCAGCCUUAACGGCUCCGACCUCCCCUUCCCCCCAGCUUGUGUGUCGCUCGAUGCCGACCCCCUGUGUGGUUUCGGCAAUUGGACUAGGGGUCAAGUCUUCGACUCUUGCGACGCUUUGGAUGGCUUUUGA